GGUUGAUAGAAACACGCUCAGCAGACCUGGGAGAGCUGGCAGGCGGGAGGGGCCGCCGCGCGAGGGCCGCUCGGUGCCCCGUCCCCGAGGAGGGCGGGCCGCGCCGCUGCUCGGUGCCGGCGCCCCGUGGGGUUCCGGACGGGGCUCGGAGUUCGGGCGCGCUCCCGAGGCCGCAGCGCGAGCGGGCUGCGCCGGCGCGGGCGCGGCGUCGGGCCUCAGCCCGCGCGCCCGGCCGAACGAGGGGUCCGGUCCCCCACCUGCCCGCUGCUCGGGAGCGGAGACGCCUCCCUGUCCCCGGCCGGGCUCGGCUACCAGGCGCGGGACACGGAGGUUCCCGGCUUCCCGGACCGGGCGGAGAGGGCGUGCCCGAGCGCUGGGGGCCGGGAUGCAGGCGCCGGGCCGCCCCGCGCGUCGGAAGCGCUGGGUCGCGUGCGCCGCUCCUGCCCGACCCGGCCGAGCCAGAAUCCCGCUGUUAGCUAGACCCCCAGAUGGUUUUGUGCACCUCAGAAGGUUUGAGAAGCUGCGGAUGUCGCUGUGGGGAAGAAAAUCCUUUCAAGAAAUAUACCAAUCAGAUUCUGAAGGAUGGGAAUCUUCAAAAGAUCUGAGAAGUCAUCUUGGACAUUUGGAAUCAGAAAUUUUAUUUCUAAGUACACUUACUGGCAUCAAGAUAAGAAAUUACUCCAAGAAGACAAAGGACCUGACAAGCACUGAGAUGACAGAAAAGAGUAUAAAGAAAGUUCUACAGAGACACAGAUUAUCAGGAAAUUGCCACAUGAUUACAUUUCAACUUGAAUUUCAGAUUCUGGAAAUCCAGAAUAAGAAGAGUUUAUCUUCUGUUAUUACUGACCUCAACAUAAUAAUGGAGCCCACCGAAUAUUCAGAAUUAAGUGAAUUUGUGUCUAGAGCAGAAGAAAGAAGAGAUCUGUUCAUGUUUUUUCGAAGCCUACGCUUUUUUGUGGAGUGGUGUGAAUAUCGUAAGCGCACGUUUAAACAUUUCAAGGAAAAGUACCCUGAGGCCGUGCACCUCGCAGAGGGGGCUGCCUCCAGCUGCAUGGGGGUCCGGAGCGCUAGCCAGCCAGGGUUUGAAGUGGUCAUAGUUUGGAGGAUACAAAUCGACGAUGAAGGGAAGGUUUUGCCAAAGCUGGAUCUUCUCACCCAAGUGCCACAGCGAGUCCUGGAGCUGGACAAGAACAGAGUCAUAGAAACCGCUCCUCUUGGCUUCCGAAACCUGCUGGGCGUGCUGGGCAUUGAGGCCACUCUAGAGAGCCUGAUAAAACUGCUGUGCACAGAGGAACACGCUAGAUCCCGACACUGAGCACGCAGGGAGACACUGCACCCGGAGGCGUGAGGUUUACUGAAUAUAAACGUGCUAUUUUCCACUUAGAAACCAUUUCUUCCAAACAUGUCUGUGCAGUUAUGGCACAUUAUGUACAAGCUGUCAGGGCAUGAAAAAUAAAUACAGCUAUUUGAAUAAAAAAUGCCAGACAAGUGA